ACCGUAAUUGAGUCGCAAAUUGCGAAUAUUCGCUCCCAAAACAAUCUCGCCUUCCAAAUGAUCCACGGAUUAUGUUUAUUUAGUGGUGGUUCAUCACACAAAACCAUCGAUCUACUUGCGUGUUGCGGUCUUUCUCCUGCCUACGACACAUUACACAAUGCUCAUGUUGCAAUGGCUGAUGGCCAGAUACAGCGGAAAUAA